UUAGCUAAUACAAUGUAGGUGAAUUUUUGCGAUAAUAUUUUUUUUAUAAACUUUAUAUAAAUUGAGCAAUGUUCAACAAAUUUUUAUUAAUCAUAAUUGUUUUAUUAAAUAACAAUAAUUAUGAAAGUAUUUAUAAUACUCGCUGUACUCUACGUUACGGCUAAUGCCGUACCGUUUGCUCAUGAGUUGGCCGAACCUUUUAACGGCACCAAUUGGGUGGUGCUGUGCGCCGGUGGGUACACAUGGUCUAACUAUAGACACCAGUCCAACGUAUAUCACGCCUACCAAAUAAUUAAAGCCCAUGGUAUACCGGAAUCCAACAUAGUGGUAAUGCACUAUGAUGAUCUGGCUCAAAAUAAAGAGAAUCCCACACCAGGAAUAGUGGUGAACACCCUAGGUGGUCCCGAUGUUUAUAAAGGUGUGCCCAAAGAUUAUACUGGCACCGAGGUCACUCCCGAGAACUUUUUAGCCGUUUUGAAAGGCGACAAAAGUUUGGCCCAAAAUGGUAAAAAAGUAGUCAACAGCGGACCCAACGAUCACAUCUAUGUCUACUUCAUUGACCAUGGAGCACCAGAUCUAAUUGCGUUCCCGCACAAGUAUCUGUACAGUAAGGAUUUGAACGGUGCGUUCAAAGAAAUGCACCAGGCUAAAAAAUACGCCAAACUCGUGGUCAACAUUGAGGCCUGUAAUUCAGGCUCGAUGUUUGAGAAACCGCUGCCCAAAGACAUCAAUGUUUACGUCACUACUUCGGCCAACCCUCAGGAGUCCAGCUAUGCCAAGGACUACGACAAUCUCCGUCACACUUAUCUAGGUGAUUAUUACAGCGGUGCCUGGUUGGAAGUGAUUGAGAAACAGGAUUUGACCAAGGAGACUCUGGAGCAAUCGUACAAAUAUACCGUCAGCUCCCAAAAUAAGUCACACCCGCAACAGUACGGCACACUGGCCAUCAAUAAAUUAACUGUUUCUCAAUUUUUGGGAUCCAAAACGACAGUUAAUGCCUACAAAGCACCCGCCACUAACCUUAAUGAUGCUGUUAGCAGCCGAGAUGUGCCAAUUGCCCUUGUUCAAAAACUUGUCGAGUCAACAGAUGACCUGGGUCAAAAACAAGCCUGAAUUGCAGCGACUAUUGACUGGCCGUCAAUAUAUGGACAAACAUAUCGCACAAUAUGUGCAGAGCGUUGAGCACAUGCUUACUGUCAACACCGAUGCUAUACUCAACGGCAAACACACCGUAAACAACGCUGAAUGCUAUCACAAGUUUGUGGACACUUUUGACCAACAGUGUUUCAAUAUUAAUCAGAAUACUUAUGCGUUCGGAAAACUGCAAGUAUUUGUAAAUGUUUGCGAGCAACUGCGCCAACCGAGCGAUGCGAACAUUGUUGUCGACCAUUUGGUACAAUACUGUAACGACAAUGUGCCUCAUAAUAACAUGCCUAUUGAAUAAAGUGAUAUAACCUAUUUUAUGGCAAUU